CCGGGAUCUUGGGAAUGGUAUAAAAGCUCUCCCAACCCAGGGCUCUUCACUUCGCCUUCCUUGCUUCAUUCACCUCUGUGAGAAAGUGUCUGCUGACCUCCCAUCCCUGCAAGAUGUCCUGCUACGACCUGUACCCCUCCUCUGCCUGCGGCGUCCUGCGGCCCCAGCCCCUGGCUGACAGCGGCAACGAGCCGUGCGUCCGCCAGUGCCCCGACUCCACCACCGUGAUCCAGCCUCCCGCCGUGGUGGUCACCUUCCCCGGCCCCAUCCUCAGCUCCUUCCCGCAGGAUUCCGUGGUGGGAUCGGCUGGAGCACCCGUCCUUGCAGCCUCUGGGGGCUCCCUGGGCUAUGGGGGCUACGGGUCCCUGGGCUACGGGGGAUUUGGCUAUGGGGGCUAUGGGGGAUUUGGAUCCCUGGGCUAUGGGGGUUACGGGUAUGGGGGCUAUGGGGGUCUCUAUGGCUAUGGGGGCUAUGGGGGCCUGGGCUCCUGUGGGGGGUACCGGGGUCUGUAUGGCUCUGGCAGAGCCUUUGGCUCUGGCUAUUGCAGCCCCUACUCCUCGUGGUACGGCCGCUACGGCCGCGGCUUCUGGGGGUCCUGCUAA